GAUAUUUUUAAUCAAUAACUAAUGCAAUCCCAAGCUUUAAAAUAAUUUUUGUGUUUGUUUCUGUUAUUCGAAUAACAGAGCUUGAUUCAUUUUAUAUUAUUUAUAAUCAUGUUCUGCAUUAAGUGGUUUAGUUUUAUAAAAAUGAAAUUCUGUAAUGUUAUGUCAAGUCGCUGGGAUAGUACGUUCUUUUUAAUAUAUGCUAUGAGUUUUACACAGUGCGUUAUGAACUAAAUGGAUUGGAUUUUACCCUUUGCGUGACUGAUAAUGAAAUUGAUAGUGAUUUUCUUUUUACAAGUUUGUAAUAACUCCUUGAGAGACUAGUUUGUUAGCUUUUGAAUAAUUAAACAUAGCUAUGUUUUAUGUAUUGAAUGAUAGUUAAGACUAUUAGGUUAUCGUAUGGUCUACAGCCUUGACAUUUAGUGUGUAGAAUAUGUUUCAAGUGAAUCAAAUGACUUCACACUGGCUUUGUUCCAUUCAUGGAAUGGUUUCUGUCUUGGUUCUUAUUUCCUCAGGUGUUUUGUCUAUAGAAGACCAGAAGUUCAUGGAUGUAGACCAUCCUGAAAAAAUUGAAAAACACAACAAAUUGAUGGUAUUGAAAAACACAACAAUUGCCUUAUAGAAGACUUAGAUACACAACAAAGACACUGAGCCUAGAGCUCAAAUGUUAAUAGACAUUUGCUGAGAUUUCUAAAUCUAUUGCAAAUUACAAUCCUUCAAGAAAUGGUUAGGAAUGGUAGUGACUAGUGUAUCUCUCAAAAAUAAUAUUAGUUGGUAAAUUGAAGCGUGUUAAGAUUGUUCUUUGAAUUUUGACUUAGGGUUUAACUCAAUCUUUAGAAAUAGCUUAUUAAGUUAGAAUUGGUCAAUCUUAUAAACAUUAUCUAAGUUUUAUUUUUAAGUGCUGGAAGAGUAAACAAAUUUUGUAUUAGGCUGUAAUUAAGACAAUUCUCAAAGAAGUCACUGCGGCUUUCCAACCCUCUUCUUUUGUCCAAAACUAUCUGUGAGAAGUAUGACAAGUGUAGGUAGUCCACCACCCUUAAACUUCAACUAAGAUAGUUUUUUAAGUGGGUUAGGGGUGGACCUCAGCCAUGGUGACUUUGUAACAGUUAUCAUAAUUUAUUGUGCUCAAAAUUUAGAGUUAGCUGAUAUGACAUGGAUGGUACUGUUCAAAAUUCCUUUCUUUUUAUUGUCUUCUGACACAUCAUUGCUAUGUUCACACAUCUCAGUGUGUUGUGUUUGGUUAAGCUUAGUUGACAGAUUUUGGUAUUUGAAUUGCUGGAUUUUCACACAAAUAAACUCAGAACCCUCGUCAUAGAGAAAGUUUUCUGUGUGGAAGACUUAGAGGACUUUUUACUAGCACAGACUGCUGUGCAUAGGGUUACCUUCACAGCGUUGGCUUCACCAGGAAAAGAGAAAGGCUUAUCAAUCCUAUGGACCGAGUCUCACCACAGCCGUCAACCUCGGUUCAGAACCAAGCUGUAUCAGAGUCACUUCCUCUGCCCUUCCUCCCUAAUGAGCUCGUUGUUGAAAUUCUCUCUAGACUUCCCGUAAAGUCUUUGUUGCAGUUCAGGUGUGUGUGCAAGUCGUGGAUGUCCCUUAUUUCUGAUCCUUAUUUCAUGAAAAAGCACCUUCACCUGUCAACUCGAAGUACCCACUUCAACCAUCACAGGAUCAUAUUGAGUGCCACAACAGCAGAGUUUCACCUUAAAUCAUGUUCUGUGAGUUCCUUGUUCAAUAGCCCUUCAACAGUUUGUGAUGACCUUAGCUAUCCUGUGAAGAACAAGUUUCGUCAUGAUGGGAUUGUUGGAUCUUGUAAUGGAUUGUUAUGUUUUGCCAUAAAGGGUGAUUGUGUGCUUCUUUGGAACCCCUCUAUGAGGGCCUCCAAGAAAUCACCACCUUUGGGUAAUAAUUGGAGACCAGGGUGUUUCACUGCCUUUGGCCUUGGUUACGAUCAUGUCACUGAGGAUUACAAGGUGGUUGCUGUGUUUUGUGAUCCUAAUGAGAUUUAUAGUGAGUGUAAAGUGAAGGUGUAUAGCAUGGCCACCAACUCUUGGAGGAAGAUUCAAGAUUUCCCUCAUGGUUUCUCACCCUACCAAAAUUCAGGAAAGUUUGUUAGUGGCACACUCAAUUGGGCUGCCAAUCACCCUGUUGGUUCAACUUCUUUGUGGGUUAUUGUUUCCUUGGAUCUGCAUAAGGAAACAUAUAGGGAAGUUCUGCCACCUGAUUAUGAGAAGGAAGACUGUUCCACUCCUACUUUGGGUGUUUUGCAAGAAUGUCUGUGCAUGAAUUAUGAUUACAAGAAAACUCAUUUUGUUGUGUGGAUGAUGAAGGAUUAUGGGAUAAGAGAGUCUUGGUUUAAGUUGGUAAGCAUUCCUUAUUUGCCAAAUCCAGAAGAUUUUUCCUACUCAGGGCCUUACUACGUUUCAGAGAAUGGUGAAGUGCUGUUGAUGUUUGAGUUUGACUUGAUCCUCUAUGAUCCAAGAGAUAACUCUUUUAAGUACCCUAGGAUUGAGAGUGGGAAGGGCUGGUUUGAUGCAGAGGUCUAUGUUGAAACUCUGGUUUCGCCAAUGAAGCAUUGAACUGGAUGUGUCAGGCAAAGCAAGCUUAAGGAAAAAUAAAAUGUGUAAAUUAUUUUGAGUCCAUGUGAUCUUAUCUUGGUACAUGUUUUUGGCAUUAUAUGUGUAAUAUGUAUAUGCAGAAUUGUAUAAAUGUCCUUAAUAUUUUAAGCUAAGUGUUGUUACUUGUGUCAAUCACCAUGUAUCCAUCACUGAUGGAAAAUCCUACUUCACUUAUUUGUUAGUAAAUGGAAAUUGGUAUAUGCUUUCUUGCU